AUGAUCCGUGCAGUGGUUCUGUUGCCAACCAUUGAGCUGGUUUUUGCUUGCUCUCCCGUUGCACCAGGACAGGAUGUGAAAGUAAGCUUUUUGGUGAAUAAUCUUCUCAAAAUUCCCGUGGAAUUUGCUUACACCAAAGAAGGCAUGGUAUUAGGAGCUUUCCCCAAAUUUGCCAGAUUUCCAGAAAACGCUACCUCAAACCUUAAGCGUUACGUAAAAAGUGCGGUGACAGGCGCUAUUAGAGAGGAAGCUAGAAACGCUGGAAUUGAACACCUCGUAUCAGAUAUCGCAAGCCAGAUUACCCCCACUGUGUACUACUUUCCGCUAAACUGCUCGAUUGCAAUAACUGCCACACAAACUACUAUAACUCCUGGACCUGGACAAGGUAGCUUCAACUGA